AUGGACAUUGAUCCGAAAUUCACAUUUAUGCCAUUGAAAGAAAAGAAUUACGUUGGAAUUAACGAUAAAAAUAUUCAAGAAUAUCUCUGUAAAUGGGGCUUGAAGGGAAAUUUUAUUAUUCAGAAUUUUUCAUUUAAUGAACCAUUUCACCAGUAUCAUAAAUAUCAGUUAGUUGAUACUUUUUUUAAAGAUGAUUCUGUUGCAAAGGAAUUAUUAUCAAAACAAGGUGACAGCUGGAUAAAACAAGGCAUACAAGCAUCAGAUGUAGAGAUAAAACAAAUACCUUGUACAGUUUUAAGUAUGAAUUUUUUUAACAAGCUGAAAGAUCCAAAUAAUGGGAUAAUAUAUAGUUCGGGAAUAAUUAGUAAAAGAUAUGAUAUGCAAGUAGAGGAUUUUCUGGUAUCUGACAAUCUUCGUGGUGUAAGUUAUCUUCACUAAGAAUAUAAGUUGU